GGCAAUAAGAAAAGGAAGCGUACAGAAGAAGUGGAGGAAGUGUCAGAAGACCAGAGCUCCUCCCUCGUACAAGAACCUCCUGUAAAAGCAAAGAAAGCCAGAAAGAAGGAACUCUCAAAAGCAGAGGAAGAACUGGCAAACAGAGAGAGCGCUUUGGAGCAGGCAGAUGAAGCGGAGGAGCAAGAACAGUUUCAAAACAAAACCAAGCAAAAAAGAAAGGCUUCUCAUGCCGUCACCAACGGUGGUGUUAACUCAGGCAGAGCUGUAAAACGACAGAAGGAAAAAAAGGUGCCUGAUGAAACAGUAAACAGAAGAACAGUGUUUGUUGGAAACUUGCCCGUCAGCUGUACUGCUCAGGCGCUGAAAUCUCUUUUCAAAGAGUAUGGACAAAUAAAAUCUAUUCGAUUCCGGUCUUUGGUUCCAGCAGAAGAUACUUUAUCCAAAAAGUUAGCAGCAAUAAAGCAUAAGGUGCACCCUAACGCAAAGUUCAUCAACGCUUAUGUUGUAUUUAAGGAAGAAUGUGAUGCCAUUAAGGCUCUAAACAAAAAUGGAACAGAAAUUGCUAGUGGAUUUCACAUCAGAGUUGACAUUGCAUCAAAAAACAGUUCACAUGACAAUAAACGAUCUGUAUUCUUGGGAAAUCUCUCAUAUGACAUCAGUGACGAUGCUGUGCGAGAACACUUUUCUGUCUGCGGAGGUGUAGUGGCCGUGCGAGUUGUGAGAGACAGGAACACCGGCCUGGGCAAAGGCUUCGGCUACGUUCUCUUCGAGAAUACGGAUGCUGUACAUCUUGCUCUGAAACUCAACGAGACCGUUCUGAUGGGGAGAAAGAUACGAGUGAAGCGCUGUGGGGAGAAGUGGAAAGUACCACAGAAAAGUCCAAAACAGUCUCGUGCUCCCAAGGACAGAGUCGAUGCCACGUUAAAAAGCAAGAGGUGCUCUGAUGAUUCAUUUGUUGGUGAAAAAGCAAUCCCGUUAAAGAGCACUAAACCGAAAAGACUAAAAAGUAUCGUUAGAAGUAAAGCUGGGAAAAACAAACGGCCUUUUGAUAAAAAGCAAUCGGGCAAGAGUUCG